AUGGUUUGGGAAGAGCACGAGAGGGGGUGGUAUUUGUAGAUGGAGCUGUGCUGCUGCUGCCUUCGAAGCGGAGGAUGGCGCGCCGGGAAAUGAUGCGUUAGUUGUGCACUUGUGCACACGAUAGCGUAAGAGGUAGAGCACGGUCGUUCGCAUGCGAGUGCUUGGGGAUUCUGAAUCUGUUCUUGUUGUCACUUGUCAGUAUGGAAGACAGAACUGCUUCGGAGUUUGGGUAGCUUGAAGUACACUGUAUGCACAGUACAUGCCAAGAUUGUUAUGCACUCAACUGAGUUUAUUACUGCUAAUUUUCUCGAGAGAAGUACUGCGAGCGGUGACAGGUUUUCUGCCUCACUGAACAAUGGUCAAAUGCAAAGGCUUAGCAGUUCGGCGCGGGCACCUUGCACGCGGUGAAGACCCUCUUGGUGCGAUUGGAGCUGACAAUGCGCUUCACUUUGGGGUCGUCCUUGUAGAGGCACAGGCAGCUGGAGCCCUGCGCCUUGAGCUUGGAGCAGCACGCGGACGAUGGCGAGCCCUGCCCCACACCGGAGAACGCGCUGACGCACGGGCUCAGCUGCAUCAGGUCGCACGAAGCCUUCUUCGAGGCCCUCGCGCUGGCCGCGGCCGGGGUAGCCUGCAGGAGGAGGAGGCUGCUCAGCAGCGCGGCGAUGGCGAUCGCCGCGACAACGGUGGAAAAAACAGAAGGCCUCGUCGUCAUCGCGACGGCUUGAUGGAUCUCUUGCUGGACACCGGGAUGCUAGGAUGGGUUAUCGUGGCCGGCGUGCGUGUGUGGCUUUUGUAGGCGCCGGCGACGGCGGGGGCAAUGUGGCAGGUGAGUCACGGUGCAAGCGUGCGCAAGUGACUGCAACAACCAAGGACGGUCAUGGCGAAAGCACCUCACGCGUCCACCGUCUACAGGAUGUAGCAGUAGCACGGUGAAAGAAGUGUUGUCCCGUCCAUUAGGUGCAUUCUCACCGUUGGCCAGAACAGGACCGUUCAACAGUUAGGUUGAGUGUAGGACUUUUACGUGGUUAAUGUAUGGCAAAUAGUAGUAAAUUUUGCCCCCAUUGGUCUGGCUGAGAUAGAACAUAUUCUGGAAAGCCUCUAGCAUAUCUUUUUUGACAGCUAAACUUUGCUUCUUGCCUUCUUGGUCUAGCAAUGACGUUGCCCAUGUCGUGGCAAACAUCUGGUAAGGUAACUGUAUUCGUUUGUUCCCUUCAACGGCUCAAUCCCCACAGGCCAAGCUAUCCUUUCCUUGGCAGUAUAGGCUCCUUGAGAGAUUAUACUACCAUUUUUAAGUGCUUAUAAAGACGAUGCUCUCUAACCAGAUCGAUCAGAAACACAAAGUUUUAGCAGCGUAAUAUCCCACACACAUACACACACGAAGCUAUGCCUCCUCAUUUUCCGAGAGAUUCUGACAGUGACCAGAAUGUCAGAAUGCCAUUUCAUGGGCACAAGUCGAUCCACAAGCUUCUUGGUGGAGGUCAAGUUGCGGAUAUUCUGCUGUGGAAGAACAGGAACUUAUCUGCGGGGGUCCUUGCUGGGGCAACAUUGAUAUGGUUCCUGUUCGAUGUAGUAGAAUACAAUAUAAUUCCGCUCCUUUGCCAGAUUGCCAUUCUUGCCAUGCUUGUGAUCUUCAUUUGGUCAAAUGCCGCACCACUCUUGGACAGGGCCCCUCCAAGGAUCCCAGAAAUCAUCAUCUCUGAACAUGCCUUCAGAGAAAUGGCAUUGACCGUCCAUUACAAACUAACGUACACUGUAUCUGUUCUUUACGACAUUGCAUGUGGAAAGGAUCUGAAGAGAUUUCUCCUGGUGGUUGGAUCUCUAUUGGUAUUGUCGGCGAUUGGAAGUUCUUGCAGCUUGACAAGUCUACUAUAUAUUGGAUUCUUGUGCGCGCACACUUUGCCAGUGUUGUACCAAAGAUAUAAGACAGAAGUUGACCAUCUAGUUGCAAAGGGUAGCGACGACAUCAAGAAGUUCUACAAGAAGGUUGAUUCCAAUCUGCUCAACAAAAUACCAAGAGGCCCUGUGAAGACAAAAGUUAAAUGAAAUGUACACCGCGAGGCUGUCAGAACAUAUAAAUAAUUCAUUUGAAAGAGAACGGACAUACACUGGAAAAGAUUUCGAGAACUUAAUAGAAGUAGCAAAGUGUCAUGGACUGACAGUCCACCUUGCCUCAUGACAGGAUUUGCACAAACCCAGUCUCAGAUAAGCAAAUCAGAUGAGACUCCAGUUAAGAGUUCAACCCUGACCACUAGUGUCCAAAUGUACCUACUAAAAGAAUUGAUGGCAAGAAAUAUGUAUACUUUCAUCAACUAAGAAAUCAAUAUGAAAAGAACUGAUACUUGAAUUGACAAAGCAUGUGAGUAUGUCACUAUCAAGAAUUCAGCGGUGUCCUUUUUUCAACUGAUAAUGUGACAUUGUGGAGCCUGUACAGGUACAUGUGAAAAGCAUCCAAACAAAAAAAGAAUAGUAUAAAGGACAACUGGGCAUAAUUGCCUAAUCAUCC